AUGGGUCGAGGUAUGUCACACGGCUUCAUGGUUGUUUUUAAUUUCCUUGCUGCCCUCCUCACCGUUGGUUUCCUCUCAACAGCCAUUGUAGGCAUUUACCUGAUAAUAUCAAAAAAAUUGAUAAAAUCGGCAUUGUGGAUUGACUUUGGUGAAUACGAGAGGGAUGAAGAUGAAUUACGCAUGUUUGUAGACAUGAUAGCAGAAAGUGCGGGUAAGUAA